CAAAAACCACAUCCUUCCUCUCUCACUCUCCCUCACACACACACACACACAUACACACACACACACACACACACACACACACACACACACACACACACACACACACAUGCAUAUGCACACAAACAGUUACUUGUACACUCACAUGAGACCAUCACAACAGCAUGGAAGUGAACUGGACACUGAAAACAUCUAAAAGAGGCAACAAAAUAAUAUUUUGGGAAUAAGAAUAUACAGAACCACUGAAGGGUUCCCAUGGAAGUUCAGGGGUGAAAGUGCAUUUGACGAAGACCUGAAGAGUUUCAAAACGUGCUUGAUGCUUGAAUUUCCUGAGAGAUGAAGACCUUUGUCAGCCUCUCUUGUACUCUAUUAUCUGCUGCUGUGGGGAGUAUGCUGUGUGCCCAGAUCAGAAAGACAGGAACAGAGGGCAAUGUUGCAGUUAUCCAGUGUCCUUAUGCUAAAGGAUAUGAAGCCUAUCUCAAGUAUUUCUGUAAGGGAACCUAUAAAGACUGUGUCUCAGUUGUAAAAACUGAUGGUAAGGAGCCCUGGGCGUUUCAAGGAAGGUUUUCUCUGCAUGACAACACAGAGAAAAAAAUGUUUGUAGUGACCAUCACUGCCCUCAGAAUAGAGGACACAGGACAAUACUGUUGUGGCAUUGAAUCAGUCGGGUCAGACCCGUUCACUGUAGUCCAGCUGACUCUCCUAAGACUCCACAACCUAAACCCUCACCCAAGUCCUCUACUCCACUCUACCCCCACACCACUAAAGUGUGAGAAUGUUUGUGAACACACAGGGCUGUCACUUUCUACUAAUGGAACAGGAAAUGCAACAGAAACAGGAAACUCCACUCAGCCUUCAGUUCUGCUGGUACUGCCAAUUACUUCUGGAAUUUUCUUUGCCUUAAGAUGCAGGGCAGACAAAAGUCUGCCAAAUUCACAGGAGAAUAUGGAGAAUUUUCCCUUGUAUGAGGAGAUGCAGCAAAGUGAUCCCACCCAUACUAAUGUGUCAGUCUCAACCAAUCAGGGCCCGGUACCACCCACUGACAAUGCCAUGACAACUCACCAACAUUCUGACCCUCCCCCAGCAUGCAGUACGAUAUAUACUCAACAAAUGAAAUCAGCAAAUGAGAGGACACCGGUUUCUAUGUUCCCCACAAACACCAGAUGUUCAGCCAAUCAGAGAGCAGACACCACAACACCAUGCAGCGCACUUCCUCAAAUCCUCAGAUCUCACCCUCCGCUGGCCCUCAGGACUCCUGCAGAAGACCCACGCUCCUAUGCAGAGUGCCGAGACCUGCAUCCUGAGCCAAUGGUUUCCUCCUUUAUUAGACUCCCUCAGACGUAUCCACUUUCCACAAACCAUGAACCACCUUCCACUUUAUCACGGUCACUUUCUCUUCAAUACAUUCCUAUCGACUUUGGGCAGCUCUCUCUCAUAGCCAAUGACAACUCUCCCUUCUUAGGCAAGUCACAGGUUGUCUACACCACCGUCCAGUGGCACAAAGAACCGGGAGGUUCUACGUAUGGCCACCAUGCAGUAAUAUAGUUUCCUAUAACCAACAACUUUUUCCAUUUGCCAUGCCAGUGAGGGAGCUUCCAGUGAAACAAGCCCCAUGUGAUUAUUUGUGAAUAAAUUUCAUUUAUUGUUUUCUUUCAGCUGAAUACAUUUGCAUUGUGUUUUUGU